AUGGACCGUCUCAAGCUGGCUGCUCUGCUCAAGCAGAGUCAACUUCCCGAUACUGAACAGGUCAAGUCGGCCACUGCAGACCUUCAGAAAAACUUCUUCCCUCAUCCUCAAUCCCUCCUCCUCCUUCUCGAGACCGUUUGCGUCGACGAAGAUGCGGCCGUCAGACAACUCGCUGCUGUGCAGGCUAGCCGCCUGGUCAACAAGCACUGGCCCAAGGUCGAUGCUGGUGCCAAAGGCAGUGUGCGCGAGCACCUGGUUCAGGCCGUCAUGAAGGAGCAAAAUGCCAAGUGCAGACACUCCGAAUCUCGCCUGAUUGCCAACAUUGCCAGCCUAGACUUUGCCAAGGGAGAGUGGAAGGAGCUGUUUGAUGGAAUCUUCCAGCUUUCUGAGAGCGACAACGUUGCUCAGCGUGAGGUUGGCACGUACCUCAUCUACAGCGCAGUGGAGUCGGACCCGCGCCACUUCAACGAACAUCUGCCGCGACUUUUCAAGACCCUGGAGAAGUGCAUCCAGGAUGGGCAGAGCCUCGAAGUUCGAGUCAACUCUCUCAUGGCCAUUGGCAGUGCCCUCAUGCUUAUCGACACUGAGGAUGAGGAGGAUGCAGACAAGGUCAAGAUGGUGCAGUCGCUUGUGCCUGCAAUGGCUGGUGUGCUCCGCAGUGCAGUCGAGGCUGGCGACGACGAAAAGAUCAAGCAGUCUUUUGAAGUCCUUCAGUCCUUCCUUGCGUACGACUCUUCCUUGUUGGGCAACUACCUCAAGGAUUUGUUGGAGUUCACCGCCACCAUUGCUGCAAACAAGGAGGCCAGCGAAGAUGCCCGGACCCAGUCCUUGGCGUUCCUGGCCCAGGCAGUUCGUUAUCGCCGCAUGAAGCUCAUGGGAAUGGGCGACUUGGUCAAGGGACUCGUUGAGCAGUCCUUGCAAAUCCUUACUGAGUUGGACGAUGAUGAUGACGACGAUACCACGCCUGCUCGCUUGUCUCUUACCCUGAUUGCCCAGCUUUCCAGUGAUCUUCCACCUCGUUUGGUUAUGCUUCCCAUUCUUGAGCAGUUCGCCAAGCUCUCGUCCUCCCCUGACCCUGCGCAGCGCAAGGCCGGUGUAAUUGCCCUUGGCAUAAGCUGCGAGGGUGCGCCCGACUUUGUCAACAGCCACUUCAAGCAAAUUCUCCCCAUUGUCAUUAGCUUGCUCAACGACUCCGACAUUGAGGUUCGCCACGCUGCCUUGGUCGGACUUACCCGUUUGGCCGAGGAGAUGUCCGAGGACGUCGCUGCUGAGCAUGUGCCCCUGAUCCAGGCGCUUCUGAAGAACCUCGAAGCCGCCGAGACUUCGAGCACAGAUGAAGCUACCAAGAAGAAGAACACCAACAUCAUUCGUUCCGUCUGUGGAGCCUUUGACGCUAUGUGCGAUGGCAUCAAGCCUGAGGUCAUGAAGAAGUUCGGUCCUGAGCUCCUUGAGCCUAUUGGCAAGUUACUUUCCCACGAUGAUGCUCGUGUCAAGGUCGCCGCUGCCGGUGCCGUCGGAGCCAUCGCUACCGCCAUGGAGGAGGACUUUGUGCCAUUCUUCCAGAAGACUAUGGCCGCUCUGGGUCCAUACAUGAGCGCAAAGGAGACUGAGGAAGACCUCACCCUUAGGGGCGGCAUUAGCGAUGCCAUCGGACGCAUCGCAGCUGCUGUCGGCCCCGAAGCCUUGAAGCCUUAUGUUCAAGACCUGAUGCACUCCACGGAAGAGAGCCUUCAUCUUGACAGCUACGAGCUUCGCGAAAGCACUUUUAUUCUUUGGUCGCAGCUUGCCAAGGUUUAUGAGCUCGACUUUGCUCCCUUCCUUGAUGGCGUCUUCAAGGCACUUCUCGAUGCCCUCGAGCUUGAGGAGGAAGAAGUCGUUCUGGACCUUACUGAGGAGGAUCAGGCCAUUGUCGGAGAUGCAAAGGAACUCAUCACCGCUGGCAAGAGGAUCAAGAUCAAGUCUCCCGAGGAGGACGAUGGUGGUAUGGAAGACUCAGACGAUGAGGACUUGUUUGAGGACUUCCUUGACUCGGCUGCUGCUAUGGAGAAGGAGGUUGCCAUUGAGGUUUUGGGUGACAUCAUCUCCCACAGCUGCGGCACAGCCGAGAUCUCCAAGCAUCUUGAGAAGGCUCUUGAGCUCAUUGCUCCUAUGGUCAGCCAUGGAUACGAGGGAUGCCGCAAGGCUAGUGUCUCAACGCUGUGGCGGGCAUAUGGCCGUGUCUGGCAGUUGACAGAGGAAGAGACUGGCGUCAAGUGGGAGCCCGGCUUCCCUCCCAAACAGACUCCUAGCGUGACCCUCCAAAAGCUCGGUGAGAUUGUUGCAACAUCAACACUGAGCCUGUGGGGCGAGGAGAGCGACAGGCAAGUCCCUUCCGUUUUCUUAUUUUACCCCCUUUGUGAAGUGAUGAAUACAAUGCGUUAUACCCAGCUCACUCAGACGCAAAAAUUUGCGGGUGCUGAGAAAGCGGAUGUUGUCACUGAGAUCAACCGCAUGGUCGCGCUGGUUCUCAAGAGCUGCGGGCCUGCCAUUCUCGUCGGCCAAGACACUCUGUCUCAGGUGAUCACUGCAUUGACUUCGAUCAUGACCCGCUCGCACCCUUGCCAGAUGGAUCUUGGAGAUGAGGACGAGGACAACAACGUCGAGGAAAGCUCAGAGUACGAUUGGCUCGUCAUCGACACUGCACUUGACGUUGUUAUCAGCCUCGCUCUAUCUCUUGGCCCUGCCUUCCAGGAGUUGUGGAAGAUUUUCGAGAAGCCUAUCGUGAAGUUUGCUAGCUCCAACGACUCCACUGAACGGUCUACUGCCGUUGGUGUUAUCGCUGAGUGUAUCCGUCACAUGGGUUCGACUGUUACCCCGUACACCGAGCGCCUCCUCAAGGUGCUGGUGCAUCGCUUGAGCGAUGAGGACCCCGAGACCAAGAGCAAUGCAGCCUAUGGCGCUGGCCAAUUGGUCCUACAGUCCAACGCCUCCGACAAAUACCUCCCGAGUCUGCAGGAGAUUCUGAGCAAAGUUGAGCCGAUGCUAUACGCCCAGUCGCAGGAGAACAGGAUACUUGACAAUGCAUGCGGCUGCUUGUCGCGUCUCAUGAUGAAGCACCCCGAUCGCGUUCCGAUUGGCGACUUCCUGCCUAACAUGGUCUCGAAGCUCCCCCUAACCGAUGACAAGGAUGGCUUCGAGGAGAACACGCCAAUUUAUGAGUGCAUUUACAAGCUCUACGACCACAGCGAGCCUACGGUCAUGAGCUUGACGCCACAGCUUAUCCCCGUGUUCGAAAAGGUUUUGAGCCCGCCCAACGAGCAGCUCACUGCCGAGACUAGGGUUCUUGUACAGAAGAUUGUGCAGCAACUGUACCAAGCCAAGCCGGACCUUUUCCAGGCCCACCAAGGUGUUUUGGCCCUUGCCCAUGCCGCCUAA